AUGGUGGGGUACGGUGAGAAGCCGGACUUGGGUCCACCCGCAACAAAUGACCCGGAGCUCCUUGACAGUGUCAAUUCGAUGUCUAGCAGUGAGGAGAGACUGGAGAGAAACCUCAUUCGAAAAAUCGAUCUCCAUAUUCUUCCAGUUAUGGUCUUGCUCUAUCUCUUCAGUUUUCUUGAUCGAGUCAACAUUGGAAAUGCUCGCUUGUAUGGUCUUGAAGAAGAUCUGGGCCUCGUGGGAAAUCAAUAUCAAGUUGCUGUGUCAAUUCUCUUCGUGACCUAUUGUUUCUUUGAGGUGCCGUCAAAUCUAGUCAUCAAAAAACUGAAGCCAUCUCGCUAUAUUGCGACCAUCUCUGUGCUCUGGGGUAUCAUAGCGACCCUCACAGGAAUCACUCAGAGCUAUGGCGAUCUCAUUGCAUGCCGUAUAUUACUGGGUGUGGUCGAAGCAGGUCUCUUCCCAGGCUUUCUGACCUAUCUCACUAUCUUCUACAGCAAGCGUGAGAUAGCCUUGAGAACGGGAUAUCUCUUCAGUAGUGCCGCAAUUGCCGGGGCCUUUGGUGGAUUACUCGCAUACGGAAUUGGAUUCAUGGAUGGCAUCUCUGGUCUCCGAGGAUGGCGCUGGAUCAUGAUUCUCGAAGGCAUUCCAACUGUUAUUCUCGGCAUUAUCUCUUGGUUCGUCUUAGCAGAUGACCCUGACACGGCAUACUAUCUCAACAAAGAAGAGAAGGCACUCGUUGUGCGUAUUCGCAGCCGAUAUACCGGCCAAACUGAAUCUGCGCAGAAAUUCCAUUGGGCUGAUGUGAAAGAAGGCGUUCUCGACUGGAAGAUUUAUGCCUUUUGUAUUGGUCAAUUUGGAGUCGACACUAUGUUGUAUGGGUACAGCACAUUUUUACCUACUAUCAUUGAAGGGAUGGGAAAUUGGACUACUCCGGAAGUCCAGGCUCUGACUAUACCCUGCUAUGGAGUGGGUGCUAUUGCGUACCUUACUGUGGCCUGGCUCAGUGACCGCCUCCAGCAGCGAGCAUUAUUUACUUGCCUAUUCGGUGCGAUAUCUGUGGUCGGAUAUGGAAUUCUGAUCUCAGAUAGCUCCUCUGGAGUGCAUUAUUUUGGGGCGCUGUUGGUUGCGUUGGGUUUAUAUGUGACUGUCGGGCUACCCCUUGCCUGGUUACCCACCAACCUUCCUCGCUAUGGAAAGCGUACAUUUGCGACAGGAUUGCAGCUUACCUUUGGAAAUAUCAGUGGUGUCAUGUCCCCAUUCUUGUACCCGUCUUCCGAGGGUCCACGAUAUGUCAGAGGAAACGCGGUGACUCUGAGCCUAGUGGGAUUUGCUGGUGUCAUCUAUGGUGUUAUGUGGAUAUGCCUUCGCUUCAUCAAUAAGCGACGUGAUCAAGGGGCUGAGGAUGAACGAAUUUCGACUCUGUUGGAGGAGGAAAUUGAGGAGCUUGGGGACCAGAAUCCCCGCUUCCGUUACAGUACUUGA